ACACCGCAACGCCUCGCUUUCCCUCCCUCUUCCUCGCGCGCUCUCGCCUCCCAUGUAAGCAACGAAUCGGGGAGGAAAGGAAAAGCCCGUGCGGUUCUCUCCCGAGCUCGGCAAAGGAGCUUCGGACAGCGCCCACCCGCCGUCAGUGGUUGCAGAGGAAUAAUUCGGGGGCAGACCACUGAGCAGCGAGAGGCGGGUCGGGAGGAGCGGCAGGCGAUGGGCGGCGAGGCGAAGCCCGGGACCGGGAGGGGGAUCAAGAGCUGGGCGCAGCGGCACCUCAACGCCGGCUUCGCCGCCGGCUUCCUGCUCGUGCUCCUCACCUACCUCGUUGUCUCGCAGCAGUUCGCCGUCACCGCGCCCAACGCUGUCGCUACGAAGGGGUCGCGGAUUGCGGAUAAGAAGCAGGUGAUCGGAGGUGCCGGCGACGCAGAGGUCGAGAAGAAAAGGGAGCAGGAAUGGCAGCCCAAAACGGCGGCGGAGGAGCUAGACAAGAAGGAUGCGUCGGGUGCCGUCCCAACCGAGGAGUCUCCGAAAAGAGACGACGCAGACCCCAAACCGCUCGAGACGGACAAGGUGGUGUGCAACACGGACGGCCCCGUCUCCGAGACCUGCGACCUCGACGGCGACGUCCGCGUCAACGGCAGCGCCCUGUCCGUGACCUUCGUCCCGUCGAGCCCGUCGGAGCGCCGGGAGUGGAGGAUCCGGCCGUACUCGCGGCGGACCAUGACGGGCGUCGACAGGGUCACCGUGACGCGGCUGGGGUCCCCGCAGGACCCCGCGGCGGCGGCGGCGGCGCCGUGCGCGGUGACACACGACCUGCCGGCCGUGCUGUUCGCGCUCGGCGGGCUCACGGGCAACUACUGGCACGACUUCAGCGACGUGCUGGUGCCGCUGUUCGCGGCGUCGCGGCGGUACGGCGGGGAGGUCCUGUUCCUGGUCAGCAACAUCCAGCCGUGGUGGCUGGGCAAGUACGAGGCCGUCGUGCGCCGGCUGUCCAGGUACGACGCCGUGGACCUGGACCGGGACAAGCAGAUGCGGUGCUUCAGGCACCUCACCGUGGGGCUGCGCCUGCACAAGGAGCUCAGCAUCGUACCGGAGCUGGCGCCGGGGGGCCACCGCCUGACCAUGGCCGACUUCACCGCGUUCCUGCGCGAGACGUACGAGCUCCCGCGCGCCACGCCGCUCAGCCUGAGGCAGUUCCCGGACCGGAAGCCGCGGCUUCUGCUGAUCCACCGCGCGCACUACCGCCGGUUCGAGAACGUGCCGGAGAUCAGGAAGGCGGCUGAGGCGGCGGGGUUCGAGGUGACCGUGGCGAGCCCGCGCGCCGACGCUCCCCUGGAGGAGACGGCGCGGGCGGUGAACUCGCACGACGUGCUGCUGGGCGUGCACGGCGCCGGGCUGACGAACGCGGUGUUCCUGCCGCCCGGCUCGGUGGUGAUCCAGGUGGUGCCGUACGGCAAGCUGGAGCGCAUGGCGCGGACGGACUUCGGCGAGCCCGUCGCCGACAUGGGCCUGCGGUACCUGGAGUACAGCGUGGCGGCGGAGGAGAGCACGCUGCUGGGGAUGCUGGGGCCGGACCACCCGGUGAUCAAGGACCCCGAGGCCGUCCACCGCAGCGGCUGGGACAAGGUCGCCGAGUACUACCUCGGCAAGCAGGACGUGCGCAUCGACGUGAACCGGUUCGCGCCCACGCUCGCGCAGGCGAUCGACCACCUCCGGCAGCGGUAGGCCGCCGCCCGGGGGACGACGGUACAUUCGUGUCCGGCGACGGCGUGUCGCCGUUGGGCCAAGGAAAGCGCAGGGGUCCGCGAAGACAAGGAACGUAUACUGUAUGCACUUGCAUUUGCAGAUAGGAUAGCUUCGAAUUUAAAGCGAUUUGGUACAGAAUUCGAGCGAGGCAUUCUUUGAAUUUGUUGUCUAGAGCAUGUAAAUGAAUUGUUAGCGCAUCGAUCUGGUAGAGCAGCCGUCAAAUGAAGUUGUUUGAUUUGGUCUUU